UGCAUCCCUCGUGCACGAACACGCGAUCCGUGUGCGACCGUACGAGACCGUUCCAUGUUGGUCGCUCCUUCUCGUCCGGGCCAAACACGGUAGACAUCCGUGAGAUUUCAUUGACAUCACAAGCAUUCCUUGCGAGGAAUUACCCAUGACGGGCUCCAAGUAUCAUCCACGGUUGGCAUGGGCGGCACUACAGUCGAUCGCAUCCGAAUGGUCUAUCAGUGUGCCUCCAGAGCGCUACCUCGACGCAGUCAUUCACCACCAUGGCCUCCUACUUGCCCCUGCAACGCCAUGACUCUGAAGAGGUCGACUCCCAAGAUGAUCUCAAGGAGUCUCUCCUUCCUCGCAACGGAACCAGUCCUGAACCCGUAGAGCCACCGCCUCAAUCGAAGUGGAUUGAGUUCCUCACAUUGGGGUUAUCUCUCUUCGUAUUGGUCUGCGCGUGUUCGGUCUAUGUUGGCACUGGUACGAUCAUUAGGACGCGGGAUGCGCGAGGCCUCCGCAAGCCAGACCAGCACCCCAACCUUGAUUUGGUCGAGCAGAUCGCUAAGCAAGGACCGGAGGUCAUCUUUCCGCGUACAAUCGUCAGAGCGAACAGAGCCAUGCCGGACGCAGUCUAUGCGCCAGGGCCUCACGUUGUGCUCAGCGAUACUGAUACCAUGAUCUAUCAGUGGAGAAUGGUGCCGAACGAAUAUGACCUUUGCUACAUCGAUGCCUGGGUGGUGCCUCAAGAUACGCCGGAUCUUCCGCCCUUCAAGACUUGGACCGGCUCGGGCAACUUUACAGGCAUCCAGGUCUGGAAUGUGACAACUCCUCCCGGGCGCAUCACGAGCAUGAGCUGGAACACACGUCCGGAACGGGUGUCCUUAUUGGGCACAGUUUCCUGGAUUCCCUUCCAGGACAGGAAGGGGAUGUUCGCAUACGACGAUGGGUGGCAAGCGAUGGACCCGACCCCGCGAUUCAAUUGUCCUGGAGUGCAUACGGUUGAGAUUGCCUGCGAGGGGUGCUACAUCGAAUUUGAUCAGAUAUUCUCCGAGCCUCCCCUAGCAUUUGAUGUAGUGCAGCUUGCUUAGGCAGAGUAAAUGCUCGAAUCACUUUUUUUUCGCAAUGCAAUGAAGUUCCCCCCAGAGUCUGGUUAAAACGAGGUUACUGCGGAAUCAUUCACUUUGGAUGUCGUUCAUAUCCACGACUUCCGGACCGGAAGCCGCUUCAUCGACGACACGGACUGCUCCAGACGCGACGUCCCGGACGUAUGACAAUCGGAGAAUGGCUCCCAACCUAUUCCAGUGAACGGCUGAGCUUCGGGAUUUCAUAGUCCCAC